UUGUUAUCGUUUUCGUUCUUGUCAAAAUUCCAAAUUGUGUGAAAAUUUCUUGUUUUUUCUUUUUCUUGUUUCAAUAUGAAGAACGGUUGUUGCAAGCGGAAGCCAAAGGAAGAGAACCCUAGCCCAGCAAGAUCCAAAAUAUCAAAGAAAAUGAUGUCCGAAUAUUGGAUUAUAUCGGCGCCUGGCGACAAGACGUGCCAGCAAACCUUUGACACGAUGAACAACCUAACCAGCAAGCAACAUAAUCUAUGCAGCAACUACAAGUUUCAUAUACCCGAUCUGAAGGUGGGCACCUUGGAUCAGCUGGUGGGUUUGUCGGACGAUCUGGGAAAGCUGGAUACGUAUGUGGAGCAGAUAACACGCAAGGUGGCCAAUUAUCUGGGUGAGGUGCUUGAGGAUCAGCGCGACAAGCUGCACGAGAACCUUAUGGCGAACAACAGUCCUGGUCCGCCCGAUGAAAUGCCGUGUCGACACCAUCAGCGUUUGAAGCAUUUGAGCCUGCGACACCAGCGUAAACACCAGCACACGCACCACCAAAACAAUCCUCUAUCCUAUCAUCAUCAUCACCACCACCAUCAGCUGCCCACGGACUUAAAGGGUAAAUGCCACCACAAUUUAAGCAACAAAUCAGCAGCAGCAACAACUACUGCAACAACAGCAACUGCUACUACUACUACCACAAUGCAUGCCUCCAACGCCUCCAAUGCCUCAGCCUGCGCCUCAGCCACAGCAUCCGCCUACAGUGCAUCAGCCCGACCCAGCGCAGCCUCAGCCGUCGCCGUCGCUAGCGCCUGCCCGAGCUGUCCAUUGAGCGGCGGCAGCCUGACCAAUUUAUCCUCCACGCACGAUGAGUCCGAGCGAGAUUUUGAUUUUGUGAUACCGCCUGGUUGUGCCUGCGAUGAAUGCUACAGCAGUAGUCUCUUUGCCCCGCCCAGCGCCAGUGCCACGGCCAGCACGCUAAUGGCCGAUGAAUGUUACUCCCAGACAGCUUCCUCCAUGCUGAAUGCCACGCGCUGUGCCAUCUCCACGGUGGCCGCCAUUGCCACUGGCAGCAUGAGCAGCAUGGCUGGUGCUGGUGCUAGCACAAGCGUUGCCGCCGCUGCCAACGCUGCUGCCUGUUGCAGCUCGCAGUCGCAUGCCACAGCUGCUGAUGCUGCUGCUGCUGCCGCGCCUGCUCCUGCACCCGCUAAGACCAGCUCCGCCAGCACGUUAAGCUCCUCGGCUUAUUUCUCAACAUCGGCGCCCACAGCCAGCAGCUCGGUGCACAGCAUGUCGCGCUCUAAUAGCAAAAAGCUGAAUAACAACACUUGCAGCAUAAACAAUAACAAGCUGAGCUUUCGCAGCAGCAGCAGUCAUGUGAGUCAAUUCAAUCUGCCUACGCCGCAGUCGCCGCAACAGAAGCAGCCGCCCAUGCAGUUGCCAGGGGGCGGCAUGUUGUCGCCAACGCCGCCGCUGCUCUCGCCCACUGAAAAGUCCACAGGCGAUACGGACGAUGAGGAGCUUGAGGAUCCAAAGAGUCCGCAUAGCGCCUCCUCAUUGUCUGAGACCUUCGACUGGUGGUUCAAUAAGCCGAAGCGUAACUCGAAAAAGUGCAGUGCACACGAUUUGAGAUCGCAAUUGAAAUCACAGACACCCAACCUAGCACAGACAUCAACCCAUACACAGACACCAGCACCAACACCGCUACACACACGGACUCAGACACAAACCAAACCAAUGACAUUUUGGCAUCAGACAUCGCUCACACCGCGCUCUAGUUAUCGCUCUUUCUUCAAUUCUCUUGCCGAUCAAAUUUAUAGCAAACGUUCUACUACUACACCGUGUCAAUUAAAUAUAAACAAUGGAUUUAAUUUAACACCAACUCAUAGAUCGUCUCCAGUGAGUAGUUGUUGUGGCAGUAGUAGCCAAGGUCGUUCCAGUCCCGAUACGGAUCAUGCCGAGCCGCCAGAAUUUCCGCUGAGUCCAGCCGAACUACCGCAGUAUUUAACGCGUUUCCAAUGGGACAUGGCCAAAUAUCCUAUCAAGCAGUCGCUGCGCAAUAUUGCCGAUAUUAUUUCCAAGCAAAUUGGCCAAAUCGAUGCCGAUUUGAAAACGAAAUCGCAGGCGUACAAUAACCUCAAGGGAAAUCUGCAGAAUCUGGAGAAGAAGAAAACUGGCAGCUUGCUGACACGCAAUCUGGCGGAUUUGGUCAAGAAGGAGCACUUCAUACUCGACUCGGAGUACUUGACCACGCUGCUGGUGAUAGUGCCAAAGGUUAUGGCCAACGAGUGGCUGGCUAACUAUGAGAAAAUAACGGACAUGAUUGUGCCACGCUCAUCGCAGCUGAUCCAGGAGGACAGCGACUAUUGCCUAUUCACGGUGACGCUCUUCAAGAAGGUCACCGAGGAGUUUAAGCUGCACGCUCGGGAACGCAAGUUCAUUGUGCGUGACUUUGUCUACAACGAGGAGGAGUUGGCUGCGGGCAAGAAUGAGAUGACCAAACUCAUGACCGACAAGAAGAAGCAGUUUGGUCCUUUGGUGCGCUGGCUCAAGGUGAACUUCAGUGAGGCUUUCUGUGCUUUGAUACAUGUCAAGGCACUGCGUGUGUUUGUGGAAUCCGUGCUAAGAUACGGCCUGCCCGUCAACUUCCAGGCUAUAUUGAUUGAGCCCAACAAGAAGAGCGUGAAGCGUUUGCGUGAUGUGCUUAAUCAGCUUUAUGGUCAUCUGGAUGGCGCUUCAGCUGGCGGACAUGUCAGCAGUGCUGAUAAUGUCGACAUACCCGGCUUGGGCUUUGGCCAAUCUGAAUACUUCCCCUAUGUGUUCUACAAGGUCAACAUUGAUAUGGUGGAGCAGACCAAGCUCUAAGAGGUCUAGCUCUUGCCUCUACAUCGCACACAUCCAUACCCUAUAAAAUUAUAUACAAAUAUGCAAACUAGUUGAAUACACAAAACUGAGUUCAGAUUGCCUCAAAUGCAGCUCAUUAGCUGCUGCUAAACAACAAAACCAACUAAAUCCCGCUCAUACCUAUAUACAUAUGUAUAGUGAGAACAAAAAAAAAAAACAGCAAACAAACAGUUGCCACGCAAAUAACACGCAAACAAGAAAGAGAAAAUUAAUAGCUUACUAUAUAAAUAAUUUUAGUCAUUGUUAUAUAAUUAUUGUUGUUAUUUAUGUUACGCGUUUCACAGAAUUCCGUUUCAAGUUCAACUUACUUCCAAGAAAAAAAAAACAUGAUAAGCAACCUAAAAAACAAAGUUACAGCGCGUCUUAGAAG